AUGGAGUAGGAAAAAUAAAACGUUAAUAGCUCUAAUUCCCCGGAACCAGCUAAUGUUGAGAACAAAAAUUAAGGUGAGCAGUAGCAGCCUUAGCAGUAAUAACAGAAUUAGUAAGUUAUAAAAUAAUAGGUACCUGCUGUAAUUGCAAAUAUUGAAAAGAAAGUUCCUGAAAUGGAAUCUAAUAUUUUGGUUGCAAUUAGGGUAAGGCCUUUGAAUAUAAAAGAGGAAAAUCAAGGAGAUUGGGAUAUUAUUCGUAUAGAGGAUUAGCUAAUCAUUGUUUUAGAUCCAGUUGAAAUGGAGUUUGCAAGCGAGAAUAGGAAAAUGUUGGAAGUUUAUCACCGUUCUAAAGAGCAGAGAUAUGCAUUCGAUAAGAUUUUUAGAUUGCAUAGUUAAGAGGAAGUUUAUUCAUAAACAUGUCGUCAUUUAAUCAAGCCAGUUAUUCAAGGAUUUAAUGCUACUGUAUUUGCUUACGGUCCAACAGGAACUGGUAAAACUUAUACUAUGCUUGGUAAUUAAGACACACCUGGUUUAUGCACACUCACAAUUCAAGAUAUUUUUCAAUUCAUCAAAAAAGAUUCUGAUAAUGAAUAUCAAGUAACCAUUACUUACGUAGAAAUUUAUAAUGAAACAAUUAGAGAUUUGCUUGUUCCUCAUUCAACAUAUUUAGAACUUAGAGAUGACCCAUUAAAGGGUAUAACUAUUGCUGGUGUUACUGAAUCUAAAGCCGAGUCAGUUGAAUAAGUCAUGAAUUUACUCUUUUUGGGUAACAAGAGAAGAACAACAGAGGCAACAAAUGCAAACUAAACUUCCUCUAGAAGCCAUGCUGUUUUCUAAGUUACAGUUAAUUCUAGAUCCAGAACUAAAAAUACAGAGUAAGAAAAUUUGUAAGGAAAGCUUUCUUUGAUUGAUUUAGCUGGCUCAGAAAGAGGAACUGUUACAGAAAACAGAGGUAUCCGUCUGAGAGAAGGUGCUAAAAUUAAUUAAUCUCUCUUAGCUUUAGCAAAUUGUAUUAAUGCUUUAGGUGAUAAAUCAAAAAAAGGAUUUUUUGUUCCUUAUAGAGACUCAAAAUUGACAAGAAUGCUUAAAGACAGUCUGGGAGGAAAUUGCAAAACAGUUAUGAUUGCAAACGUAAGUCCUAGUAGUGCUUAAUUCGAAGAAACAAUUAACACUUUGAAAUAUGCAAAUAGAGCAAAAAAUAUAAAAACAAAAGUCUAAGCAAAUAAGAGAUUAGUCUCUAUGCAUAUAGCUGAGUAUAAAAAUAUUAUAAAUGACCUACGCUCUGAAAUAGAAUAGCUCAAAGCUAAGCUUCAUGAUAAAAUUGGAGAUAAUAAUGACAUUCUGAAUUAUUAAGAAGAGGAGCAGUAAUAUUUAGAAAAGUAGCAUUUGAACUAACUUCCAAAUGUUAUUUCUGGUAACUGCAUUUGUGGUAGAUAAGAAGAUGAGUAAAACAUGAGAAAAAUUCAAGAAGAAAUAUUUGAAAAUUUUUAGAAUAGAAUAUAACUUCGUAGAGGUCUAAUGGAAGUAGAAGAAUAAAAUGCUAUGAAUAUCCUUGAGAUUAAAAAAAAAUAAGCAGAAAUACUAGUUUGGAAGAAAUCUGCAUAAUAUUAGGGAAGCUAAGAAAAUAACAUUGAGGAUUUAAAUAUAGAUGACAGUUUAUCUAAUAAUUAAUAACAACAAAAGGAACCUAAAAAAAAAAUACCUGAAGAAAUCAAAUAACUAGUUAAGGCAGUUAGAACUUUAAAAGUUGCAACUGAGAAGAACACAAUUAGAAAAGAAAUGAUGACGUUAAGCUUAUUAGAAAAUAUUGCUAAUGCGAAGUUGAUUCGUGAUAGAAUUCCAAAAAAAAUUAAACAUCAAGAUAAAAGGAACUAUCUAGAACUUGUUAUUAAAAAUCAUGUUUUAGAGCUGUAAAAUAUUGAAAUGGAAAUAAACUUGCAGAUCUAGGAAAAGACCAUUUAAGAUUUAAAAAACAUCAUAGAGUCUUAAAGAAAAAUAAUAAAUGAAAAUAAUAUUAACAGUCAAGCUAAUGGCCUAUUAAACGAAGAAGAAAACAAUAUUUUAAGUAAUUAUUCUUAAGAUGACAUAGACAUAGAAUUUUAAGACAUAGUCGAUGAAGAUGAUCUAAAUGAAGAUAAAGAUAAUUAAGAUGAUGAUGAAGAGGAUAUGAAUGACAUAACCGAUCUCUAAGAAAUGAUAUAAAAAUAAAAAGAAUUAAGUUCUCCUAUGAAUAACAAUGCUGCCAACAAUUAAAAUUAGGAUGACUUUAAUAUGUAUGAAAAGCCUAACAAGAGAGAUGAUUUAGAUAAAAAUGGUAACAAAAGAGGCUCAUCUAGAACUGAUGUGCUUCCUGAGAUAAACCAAAAUAAAAGAGAUAAAUCUGCUGCUGGUUAUAAUAAUAAACACUCAUCGAAAUCCUCCUAAGAUAAUAUGAUCAAGAAUUAAUUUAACGAUAAUGAAAUUAAUAAGGAAACUCUGAAUGAGAUUGAUGAAAAUAAUAAUGAAGGCUUCAAUAGCACUCCUAAAAUGGUCUAAGGCAAUUUGAAGGGGGAAAAAAAGAAAGAGUAAAUUGACCAAAAGAAAAAGAAUCAUAAUAAAUAAUAGAAUCCAAAAAAGAAAGAAGGAACCUCAGCUAUCCCUAAUAAUGUGUAAAUAAGUAUUUAAGGUUAAGCUGCAAUUUAAAAUUCAAAAGAAAGUGGAAGCUUAAAUAUUAUUUAAAGCAAUUAAGGUGGUGGUAUAAAUAAUAUUUCUAAUAAUGUGAAUAGUAUGAGUAAUAUAAACAGUUAGCUAAAUGGGAAUAAUAUAAACAUCAAUAAUAAUAAUAAUAACAAUAAUAAGGGUAUGCCCUAAAUCGGAAAAUAAAAUAAUUAAUAGCCAUAAAAAGACAAAGAUUUUUCUGGCCUAAAUUUAAAAGGAAAAAAUAUAAUAUUGCCUGCAUUAAAUAGUAAUAACAAUAAUUAGAGUAACAUCAAUAACAAUAAUAAUAAUAAUCCAUCUUCUAAUCCUAAUAUACCAAAUAACAAUUUUCUUAAAGACGCUAAUGCAUAAAAUCGUAAAAAGCGUUGA